UGGGGGUGGGCACACUGUCAUGGCGGCGCAUGCAAUAGCCAGGGAAGCGCCCGGAGAAUACUUGACAGGAGGAUAAAAUUCCUGGAUUUUUUUCACGUGAUUUCUCCUCUGUGAAUUUUUAAAAAUUAAACUCUCCAGUUUUGUAGAAGUGAUCCUCACGAUUUUUUUUCCGUCUCAAGUGUUUUUACUCGUUGGGAAAAAAAAAAGAAUUAUCACCAGUGACUUAUCUAAAUGUGAGUGCCUGUCUCAAUGUGAAUUUAUCGUAUUGUGGACCCUCCGGAGACUCUGACAGACCGUUGAAAUCUGACUAGAAAAUGUUUUAACGUUCUCAGGGGAUAAUUUGUGUGGUUUAUCGGCGAUGAUUGGAACGGGCGAGGACCAACGUGGAUAGUGGGACGGUGAUUCGAGUGGCAGGAAGAGACAGCGGUGGUGGCGGUACGGCAAGGGUACUAUGGAAACAGGGGAAUGGGGGGCGGCGGAGGGCUACAAGCCACGGAACUCCGGCGACGGUACCUGUUCACAUCACCUCCACCAAAUCCCAACAAGUACCAGGAAUCAUUAAUAAGUGAUAAUGGACGCACCGAUGAUGCGUAUCAAGGGGCAACAGUCGGUAUUGCAUCCGGCCAGCCCACUUGUAUUGCUGGAAUUAGUGGACGUGACAGACGUAAAACGUCCGAUAUUAAGGACAAUACGUGGUCACAAUUGCUCGAGGAGAAACUUGAGGACGGAAGGAGACGAAGAAGACGACGCGGAAGACGACGGGGGCGGAGUUGUGAGCCAAUUAAACUUGAAAUCAGUGGUACGAUGAGAGAGGGCAACAGUAAUGGAGAGUGGCAGGAGGUGAAUGAUAAUUUUCAAGUACCCGAGAAGACUAGGAGAAUUGAUAAGGACUGCUGCAAGGGACUUAGACAAAUGACGGAAAUGGCUGUUGGUACAUUGCUACUCGGUGUUGUCCUGCUCGUUACACCAGGUCUUUGUCACCAGGACGCAGUGCACAUAACUGCCAUACUCGGUGAAAGUGUGGUCUUCAACUGUCACGUUGAGUUCCCGGGUGAGCAUCCAGUGCCCUACGUUCUCCAAUGGGAGAAGAAGGUAGGCGACACGGAGAUACCUAUAUACAUAUGGUACGAGUCGUAUCCAACACACAGUGGCGAGGGAUAUGAGGGACGUGUGUCCAGGGUGAGCCCCAAUUCACCUUACGGCUCCGCCAGUCUCAAUCUUACGAAUAUACGGGAGAGUGAUCAAGGAUGGUACGAGUGCAAGGUCGUCUUUCUCAAUCGAUCACCCAACAGCCCGAAGAAUGGCACGUGGUUCCACCUGGAUGUUCAUGCUCCACCGAGAUUCACUAUGACCCCAGAGGAGAUGAUCUACGUGAAUCUGGGUGAUGCUAUCAUUCUGAAUUGUCAGGCUGAGGGCACACCCACACCUGAAAUAGUAUGGUACAAAGAUGCCAAUCCCGUAGCAACAUCCAAUACUAUCGGUAUAUUCAACGAGGGUACUGAACUCAGAAUCUCGUCAAUCAAGACCGACGACAUUGGUGACUACACAUGCAUAGCGAGGAAUGGAGAGGGUCAAAUCAGCCAUACGACGAGAGUUGUUAUUGCCGGUGGAGCAGUCAUCAUGGUUGCACCGACCAAUCAGACUAAACUCGAGGGUGAAAAGGUACAAUUUCCCUGUGAAGCCAAAGCAUUACCCGGCAAUGUGACGGUACGGUGGUUUCGCGAGGGUGCGCCAGUGACCGAGGUCUCUGAACUCGACACUAGAGUGUCCAUCCGGAAAGAUGGUAGCCUGGUAAUUAAUCCAGUGAGUGCAGACGACACUGGUCAAUACCUGUGCGAGGUCACUAAUGGUAUUGGUGAGCCCCAGAGUGCAAGCGCCUAUCUCAACGUCGAGUACCCAGCAAAAGUGACAUUCACCCCAACAGUCCAAUACCUCCCAUUUCGCCUAGCCGGUGUAGUUCAAUGCUACAUAAAAGCAAAUCCCCCCCUUCAAUACGUAACCUGGACCAAGGACAAGCGUCUCCUCGAGCCUUAUCAAACCAAGGACAUCGUGAUAAUGAACAAUGGCUCCCUGCUGUUUACCCGUGUAAACGAGAAUCACCAGGGAAAAUACACAUGUACACCGUACAAUGCCCACGGUACUCAGGGUGGUUCAGGACCAAUGGACGUACUUGUACGAAAUCCACCGAUAUUUACAAUUGAGCCAGAGCCAAUGUAUCAACGAAAAGUGGGUGAAACUGUGGAAAUGGCGUGUGACGCACAGGAAGCCGAAGGCACACAGAAGCCGGGAAUUCAGUGGCAAAGAAGAAAUGGCGCACCAUUAGAGCGCAAUCGUGGAAAAAUCAUCGGUGGAAAUCUUACAAUUGACAGCCUUAAACGAACAGACUUUGGUUAUUAUCAGUGUGUUGCUUCAAAUGAGGUAGCAACUAUUGUAUCAGCAACUCAAUUGAUUGUUGAAGGCUCACAACCGCAUGCGCCUUACAAUGUUACUGGUUCAGCAACACAAACUGCUGUUACCCUACAUUGGUUUCCGGGCUAUUCUGGUGGUCCAGAUUACAAACAAGAUUAUACAAUUUGGUACAGGAGGGCUGGGGUUACCGAAUGGACAACGAUACCCGUUACACCGUCUGGGAGAACAUCGGUUACCAUCAAUAAUCUUGCAUCGGGAACUUUGUAUGAAUUUCAGGUUGUUGGAAAAAAUGCCAUUAGCGGUGGCAUGUUGAGCGCUGUGACGACAAUUAGAACUCUCGAGGCUGGCAUCAAUCCCCCCAAUACGACACCAGCUACAGGAGGCAUUGCAUCGGAGAACACGGGCCCCAAGCCAGGACCACCGAGAAAUCUCACGGUGACUGAGAUCAGUAAUGGGUUUUUGAUUACCUGGCAGCAUCCACUGGAGAGACCGCAUCUUGUGCAGUACUACGAUAUUAUUUAUAAAACUGAUGGGCCUUGGAAACCACUCAACAAGGGACAGAUUCGGCCUGAGGAGACCAGUUAUCUGGUGAAAAAUUUAGUCGGCGGAAGGACGUAUUACUUCAAAGUACGCGCUCACUCGGCAACGAAUUAUGGAGAGGGCGACAUGACGAAGUUUCCAGUACCGGCGCGAGUUAAACACAAAGCUAUCACUGCCGGUGUCGUAGGUGGAAUAUUGUUCUUCAUCGUCGCUAUUAUCCUCAGCAUAUGUGCAGUGAAAAUAUGCAACAAACGAAAGAGACGAAAACAGGAGAAAGAACUACUUUCAGCGUAUAACAUGGUAGCCUGCAGGGUCACCGACGCCCGCAACGGGGCUGGACAGGGGCCGCAGGGAACAGUGCCUUUGAAAAAGUCGACAAACUUAAACGCGUGCGGCGAGUCAGUGUCGACGCUGACCCGUUGCAGCCCGUUGAAUCCGCAACCACAAUCUCUUCAUCAACCACUUCCUACGCAAGUUAUCCCCGCCACUGCCACCUCGGAGCAGGUCUACGAGGCCCCCUUGAAUCGUGAUCGUGACCAUCAUGCACUCCAUCUCGAUAAUCGAGAUAACGAGAGCGUGUUUAUCAUAGAGAGGCGGAACAGUAAGCCUAACAUCCGCUAGCCACAACUACGUACCCAGAAAAGUCCCAGAUCGACAAUGAGCGUACGAUCGUUAUGAACGAAUAAGAAAUGCCAAAAAAUAUAUCUAAAUAAAAUAGCGAAAGAACUAGCGGUGGGAAUACUCAAAGAGAUCAUUUCAAAAUACAUUUCAAAUCCAUUAUCACCCACUCUAAAGUGCUACUGUUGUUACCAUUAAUUACCGCUAAUUACGACCGCCACCGUUGCUAUCACGACAGUUUCACCUGAUAGAAAAACCAAAAAAAAAAUGAUACAAUAAUUAAGAGACAACGUACAUGGCUCUGCAAAUGUUACAACCUGCUAGGACCUAUAACUACAUCCACCAACCACUAUACCUACUGUCUACUAUUUAGGAUGAUUGUCAUGACUGUAGAUGAGAUGAGCAAUACAGGCAAACAGCUAGGACUCACUAGUUCUUCCAGUCAGUACCCUUAACCUUGGCUCGGCGGCUUUUAGGGAGUACAUAGAUUACUAGACGUAUUGACAACAUCAUUUUCUCAUUCUCACAGUCAGUCAUUAAAAAUUCCAUCGAGUUGGUUGUCUUUCUCCCUCAUUCAUUCUUUCUUCAUUCGUAUUAAUGAGCACGACAAAUGAACAUUUCUUUAAUAUAUAUAUUUUUUUUCAUGAUGAUAUUCAAUUGAAGUUCAAGCUUUGUAUUAGGUAAUGGCAUGUGACCGGUGUGAAUCCAGAAAUAUUAUCCAUUCCGAUUGUGCGAGCUAUUUUCAAUUAAAAUUCGUGAUCGAUCUGGGGAUUUAAUGGAAAUUAAUUAGAAUGCAAUCGCUUGUUUAAUCGGAGUUGAUGAUUUUUCUGGGUAUGAGAUACUUAAUAAAAACUUCAAAUUUAUUCAUCACUCUUUCUUCUUCAUUUCAGUUUAUUAAUUCUAGACGAUCAAUAAUUAAUAACGAAAUACGAAAAAUAAUACACUAAUACACCCCCUUCAACCAAACAAGUAGGUAAAUUAUUCUAUCCUGCACAAGCUGGUAACCAAAUAUUCAUUGUUUCUCACCCCAUUGUUAUCGUUUUAUUAUUCCGCUAUGUUCGCAUGUUACCAGCAGGUCAGUGUGCAUAAUUAUAUUUUGUCGUGCUCCAAAAAAUUUCUUUUUACUUUCAUCGUUUAAUUAUUUUCAACAGUUUAAAUAAUAACAUUGAAGCUAUCUAUUUGCUCCCUAAUCACCGCCUUAACGUUAAUAAAAAUUUUAAAAUAUUCGAGUUAUUUUUAGUGUUAUUAUUAUCAUUAUUACCACAGUUAUUUUCUCUGUGAAUGUAAUCGUUGUGUUACAUACUUCUCUCUCCCCGAUUCUUUCCUUGCUGCCGGACCCGAAGGAGGAAAAAAGGUGACGAGACACGGAGCACCAAAAAUCCACGAUUGCAACCACAAAAAAAAAUUGUUCUAUUUUUUUACUGAGUCAUUAACGAGAGAAAAAAAGCAUUUUAAUUGGAUUUCAUUUGAUUAAAAGAACAAAAAAAGAAAAGCAAUCUUGAUGAUAACAAAAUUCAAAUCAUUUGGACUAUUGAAGAUUCCAUUCACUUAUCAGUUAGCCACUGUUCACCUAACUGAUGUCACCUAAUUCCUGGAAAAUCACACCCAAUUACCACUGCACAGGAAUGGGCAUGCGCAUGAUCCCCAAGGCCUGCAUUAUUUAAUUAUCGUUGGAGUUCAAUCAUCACGAGUUGUGAUCAGUGUUUUAGUGUUUAAGUUGUCAUUAAUCCCUGUUUCAGUAAUUUUUGUUUUUCAUGUUGAUGUUGAGUGUCAUUUUCCAUUUGUCGUGGUUGUUGCACGUAUUUGUUAUUACGGGGUAACGAAGGAGUUUAAGAUUGAAUCGUUUGUUGACGGAGGUCUAAGUGCAUUUCAUAAUUCUAAAAUUCGGAAAUCCCAACAACUAAGUGGAUUUACGGAAAAAAGUUGGAAGAUCUGUUGUACCGCAAAUUUCUUCAGCUAUGAAAAGUUUUCUUAAGAGACCUCGAGAGUAAAAAAACGUACUGAAAUGCAGGCAAAGCUUUGCGCUAUUAAUUCUUCGCCAAAAGAGGAUGCGCAAGUGUGAAAGAUGGAGUAGAAAAUUCGUUCAUUUUCUAGAAACCGGAUGGAGUGAGUUGAGAGUGACUUGAAGAAGAUAAAUAAUUUUAAUAAAUGUUGAAAAAUGCGAGACGGGGACACCGCCAUCUUUAAAGCCACUUGCGGCAGGGGGAGGCAGUGUCUGAGCAAGAUGGCGGCGACCGCACCUGUUAACCACCUCGUAUUUUUGAACAUUUAUUACAAUUGGUUAUCCUCUUCAAAUCAUCUUCAACUCGUUUCUUUCAAGUCCUAAAGAAGGAACGAAUUUUUUAAGCUAUUCUAGACGCUUUUUUGGCCCAAUUUUGGCUCAGAAUUCGUGCCACAAAGUUUUCCCCGUAUGUCAGCAGUCGUUUUCUACUCCCAAAAAGCCUUAAAAUUCCCCGGAACCACUAGUUUCCGAGAUAAUCCAACUUACACCGUUUCACUUUUUUGCUCCACAUUUGGGCGUCCACCGUUUCGAUCAAAGCCGACAUACGAUUCAAUCUCACCCCUUGGUUACCCGGUAACUCCUCCCCAUCAAUCCUCCUAAACUAAUCUCUCUCUCUCUCCCCAGAUCUAGAAAAAGCCGAGUACCAGGUUUAACCCUCCUCCGAGAGAUCCUGAA